ACAGCAGCACACUGGUUUAUAGGCACAACCAUGGAUACUACAAAGAUAGGCUAGUAUUUUCAUUUUGGACUCUCACUUUUUGUUUAAUAAUUGUUUCCUCCCCAGCCGUACCUUCAUUCCAACUCUAAGUGGUGCUGUUGCGUUAGAAUCUGCAACAGUUUCUGUAGUAUCAGCUAUUUCUAAAUAUACAAAAAAAAAAAGUUAAAGACCGAUACAGUUGUGUGUUGGCGCUCUGGUAGCAGGAUUGCUGUGUGGGGAACAGACUCGCUGCAAAAAUGGCUGCUCAGGAUGAGCUGAACCAGCUGGAGCGUGUCUUCCUGCGCCUUGGCCAUGCAGAAACAGAUGAACAGUUGCAGCACAUCAUAUCUAAGUUCCUUCCUCCAGUUUUGCUCAAGUUGUCCAGCAUUCAGGAAGGUGUGAGAAAAAAGGUCAUGGAGCUGCUGGUGCACCUGAACAAACGCAUAAAGAGCCGGCCUAAGAUCCAGCUGCCUGUUGAGACAUUACUGGUCCAAUACCAGGAUCCUGCUGCUGCCUCUUUUGUCACUAAUUUCACUAUAAUUUACAUCAAGAUGGGUUAUCCUCGUUUAGAUGUGGAAGAACAGUGUGAAUUGGCUCCUACUCUACUAACUGCAAUGGAAGGAAAACCACAGCCACAGCAGGAUAGCUUGAUGCAUCUUCUAAUACCAACACUCUUCAGUAUGAAAUACCCUUCAGAGCCAUCAAAAGUUGCCUCUCCCUUUAUCCUUGUUGAGAAACCAAAGACUGUGCAUUUGCUUCUAGAUUUCAUGUUAGAUGUUCUUAUGAUGCCUUAUGGGUUUGUUUUGAAUGAACCCCAGAGUCGUCCUAACCCUGCCUCCCCUCAGAGCUCUGCGGGCAAUGGUAGUGCCGGCGGUAUUGGAAUUCCUCAGCCACCACCUGGCAUGAGCUUUUAUGGUGCUAAACGCAUCAUUGGAGAAACACCAUGGACUCCGGAGCAACUUGAACAGUGUAAACUUGGGAUUGUAAAGUUCAUUAAAGCAGAGCAGGUGCCUGAAGUUGAAGCAGUUGUGCACUUGGUGAUUGCUUCCAGUGAUACUCGUCACAGUGUGGCAACCGCUGCAGAUCUGGAGCUGAAGAGCAAACAAAGCAUAAUUGACUGGAACAAUCCGUUAAUUAUUAACAAGAUUUAUAAAGUGUACCUUGGGGAUAUUCCACUUAAAACAAAAGAGGGAGCAGCACUGAAACCAGAACUAAAGCGAGAGCCUGUCAGUACACGUGUUAAACUGAAGAUCCUCCCUCAUCUCCUGCGAUCCAGGCUGGCAGCUGACACAUUUCCAGCUAAUAUUCAGGUGGUGUAUGAUGGAUUGUUUGGUGCAAAUACUAAUAACAAAUUGAGAUCCCUGUCCUUGCAGUUUGUUCAUCAUAUUUGUUUGGUUUGCCCUGACAAUAAUAAGCCUCUGGGUCUCAUGCUAUUGAACGGACUGACAAAGCUUAUUAAUGAAUAUAAAGAGGAUCCUAAAUUGCUGUGUGUAGCCUACUCUGCUGUGGGAAAGUUAUCAAGUCGGAUGCCUGAGCUCUUUUCAAAGGAUAUAGCACUAGUUCAACAGUUUUUUGAAGCUAUGUGCAAGGAUGAUCCUGAGAUCAGACUCUCCAUUCAGGAAGCUCUUUCCUUGAUGGUGGGAGCGUAUACCUCUUUACAAGGGGCACUUUUGAAUCUCAUGGAAGCUCUUGUUGCUGCAUAUAUGGAAAAGCCAGAAGUGCAGGUUCGUCAAGUAGCUAUGAAAUUUGCUAGCACAGUGUUUGCAUCUGACCACAUACCUUCCAGAUACCUCCUCCUUCUGGCUGCUGGAGAUCUUCGUGAAGAAGUUCAUGGUGAAGCUCAGCGUGUACUGAGAGCGUUUCCAGUCAAGACUACUGAAAAGGAAGGUUCUAUACCGAUGCCUUCCUUCCCUGAAAUGGUCAGCUACAUUCAGGAAAAGGCAUCACAGAGAAUGGAAACACCAGCAAAGUACACUGUUGGAACUUCUACCCUUCCUUUUAACCCUUCUGCAUUUGGAGAGAUUAUCUUGUACCUACGAAUGUGCCUUGCUCACAGUGCAGGGGCUAUGCCCACCUCCCAGAGUCUGGCUGACAUGCAGGAUAACUCUCCAGCUAUUGCAAGUUAUGUCCGAAACCUACUGUCUGGAAACCACAAUUCGUUACUGGUGCCCAAGGGAGGGGAUUCAAACCCUGUGCAGCUUUACAUGGAGCUGCUUCAGCAGUUGCUGUCUGCAAUUGGAGGUGUUCCUGUCAUGUACUGCCUGUUGGAAGUGGUGUCUGUUUAUCCACAGAAGCUUGCAGCUAAAUUCACUGACAAGAUUGACUGGAUUAAGGGUUUAAUGAACACCAAUAAAGAAGAUAUGCGGGAGCUGGCUGCGCAGCUGUAUGCAGUGGUGGUAUCGACCAUGUCUGGGAAUGAUUUGAAGACUGCUGUGCAGAAUCUUGUCAAGAUCACAAAAGACAACCAUAGUCCAGAAACACAGCAUGGAGCAAUUUUGGCUUUGGGGUACCUGGUAGGGCGAUACUUAGCCAAAAAGAAAGUUUCAGCUGAUAUCCAAAAUCAAGAACAGCCAAUGAUCACCAGAAGUCUUCCUGAAGAUGAAGAACUGAUCCGGUCUGCCACAAAUACUAUUGGUUCCUUUUUAGAUAGCCCCUCUCCUCUUUUGACUGUCGCAGCAUGUACAGCGCUGGGAGAGAUCAGUAGGAAUGGAGGACUGCUAAUACCCAAUGAAGGCAGAGGUUUCACAAAGCUACAUCUGGUAGAAAGCUUGCUGGCCAGAAUACCAUCUGGCAAGGAGAGCAAUAAGAUGAAGGAGCGAGCUAUACAGACAUUGGGGUUCUUUCCAGUGGGAGACGGAGAAUUUCCUCAUCAAAAGAAAUUAUUGCAAGGACUUAUGGACUCUGUGGAAGCUAAGCAGCUAGAGCUUCAAUUCACAGUGGGAGAAGCAAUCACCAGUGCUGCCAUUGGGACUAGCGCUGUAGCUGCACGAGAUGUAUGGACAUGUACUGAGGAAGAAUACAUUCCGCCCGCAGAAGUGACGGUGAAUGAUGUUGUGCCCUGGGUUCUCAAUAUGAUCCUCAACAAAUACAUUAUCAGUCAAAACCCUCAUGUCCGCCAAGCUUCCUGCAUCUGGCUGCUAUCCUUGGUAAAGAAACUCAGCCAGCACAAGGAGAUCAAGUCUCAUCUGAAAGAAAUUCAGAUUGCAUUCAUUUCCAUCCUGUCUGAUCCUGAUGAGUUGAGCCAAGAUGUUGCUUCCAAGGGUCUUGGUAUGGUGUAUGAACUGGGCAAUGAACAGGAUCAGCAAGAGCUGGUUUCCACAUUAGUAGAGACCCUGAUGACUGGAAAGCGGGCCAAGCACGGAGUAUCAGAGGACACUGAGGUUUUUCAGGGUGGUUCACUGGGAAAAACCCCAGAUGGUCAAAGCUUGUCAACCUACAAAGAGCUCUGUGCACUGGCCAGUGACCUUAAUCAACCAGACCUAGUCUACAAAUUUAUGAACCUGGCCAAUCAUCAUGCCAUGUGGAAUUCUCGAAAGGGAGCUGCCUUUGGUUUUAACAUGAUAGCAGCGAAGGCUGGAGAGCAGCUGACUCCCUAUUUGUCCCAGUUGGUGCCACGUCUCUACCGUUAUCAGUUUGAUCCCAAUUUGGGAAUCCGACAGGCAAUGACCAGCAUAUGGGAUGCUCUUGUUACUGACAAAAAAUCUGUUGAUCGAUACUUGAAAGAGAUUCUUCAAGAUAUAAUAUCCAACCUAACCAAUAAUAUGUGGAGAGUUCGAGAAUCUAGUUGCUUGGCACUGAAUGAUUUAAUACGAGGAAGGCAACUUGAUGACAUCAUUGACCAACUUCCAGAGAUCUGGGAAACUUUGUUCAGAGUGAGGGAUGAUAUCAAGGAAUCAGUCCGGAAAGCUGCUGAUCUAACACUUAAGACUUUGAGUAAAGUUUGUGUGCGAAUGUGCGAGCCCUCAAGUGCAGCAGCACAACGUACUGUUGCAGUCCUUCUACCCUGCCUCUUAGAAAAGGGCAUCAUGAGUAAUGUGUCCGAGGUCCGGGCGCUCAGUAUUCAGACUCUGGUCAAGAUCAGCAAGAGUGCUGGCACCAGACUGAAGCCUCAUGCGCCAAGACUGAUUCCUGCCUUGCUGGAGUCAUUAACUGUGUUAGAGCCACAAGUUCUUAACUACCUCAGUCUACGGGCCACCGACCAAGAGAAGACAGCAAUGGAUGGUGCCAGGCUUAGUGCUGCAAAAUCAUCUCCAAUGAUGGAGACCAUCAACGUGUGCCUGCAACAUUUGGAUGUUUCUGUUCUUGGACAGCUGGUACCGAGACUUUGUGACCUGUUGAAAGGUGCAGUAGGACUGGGCACAAAGGGAGCCUGCGCUAGCGUCAUUGUAUCUCUGACUGUACAGUGUCCUCAAGACUUAACACCCUACUCAGGUAAACUGAUGAGUGCUUUGCUGAACGGGUUAAAUGACCGUAGUAGCGUGGUUCAAAAAUCGUUUGCAUUUGCUCUGGGACAUGUAGUUCGGACUGCAAAAGAUAGCAGCGUGGAAAAGCUUCUUACGAAACUCUGCACCUGGUAUCUUGAAAAAGAAGAGCCAAUUUAUAAAUCCUCCUGUGCUCUAACGGUGCAUGCCAUUGGGCACUACAGUCCUGAUGUGCUGAAGAACCAUGCUGAGCAGGCACUGCCCCUGGCAUUUCUAGGAAUGCAUGAAGCUCUAGAUGAAGAGCAAGGGGAAAAUGGAGACUCAACCCUGUGGACAGAGGUCUGGCAGGAUAAUGUUCCUGGUAGUUUUGGUGGCAUCAGGCUGUAUAUGCAGGAGCUCAUUGCUAUCACCCAAAAAGCGUUGCAGUCACAGUCCUGGAAAAUGAAAGCACAGGGGGCAGCUGCAAUGGCCUCCAUUGCUAAACAGCAGACCGGGUCUCUGGUGGCUCCACACUUGGGAAUGGUGUUGAGUGCACUGCUGCAAGGACUGGCUGGGAGGACCUGGUCAGGAAAAGAAGAACUACUGAAGGCAAUAGGGAGUGUGGUGUCAGCAUGCAGUGGAGAACUUAAGAAGUCUGUACCUGGCCAGCCCAACAUCAUUGAGAUCAUUGAGUUAGUCUUAAAAGAGUGCCACAAAGAGAACCUCAGGUACAAGAUAGCUGCUUUGAAAUGUGCCGCAGACGUCCUCCAAGCCACGCAAGAGGACCGUUUCCAGGAACUGGCAGGCAUUCUGAUUCUGUUGAUAAAAAAGAAUUCCCCUACCAGUGCACAUACCCAGAAGAACAAAGAGGAUGACGAUGAUGAUCUGGAUGAGAAAGAGAAGGAGCUGCAGAUGGAGUCUCUGCUUUGUGCCUUUGAAUCCCUCGGCAAGGCCUGGCCCAAAAGCCCAGCGACCCAGGGUCAAUACCAGUUACAGUUUUGUCAAUUAAUGUGCGAGAGACUGAAGCUCAGCACAUGGAGAGUUCAGGUUGGAGUUCUGCAGUCCAUGAAGGCCUAUUUUCAAGGAUUAUUACUUUUAGACAAGGACCAUACAGAUUCUGUUGCAUUAUCAGAAAUCUUAACUAAAACUUGCGAUGCAGUCACAUUUCCAUUAGAAAACAAGAGCUACUCCUCUGUAAGAACAGAAGCUUUAAACAUAGUGGAAUUGCUAAUAAAGAAAAUUGACGAAUGUCAUCAGUGGGGAGGUUUGACACCAGAUAGCAGAAACCAGCUGAUCAAUUCCUUAACCACCAUGGAGUCGGACAGCAGGCCAGAAUUGGGAGAGAAAGCCACUGAGUUGAGGAAACGGUUACAAAAUCUCUCAUGAACUGCACUCGAAACACCCUCUUGUUAAGCCGCCUUGUUCUUUCAUUUGUCAAGACCUGUGGCUCACCAACCUCUAUUGCUAUUUAUCAGAUAAUGCGUCAGGAUGUUUUAGCUUAACUUCAGACUUAAAAAGUAUUAAUGUUAAUAUUUAAUGUAUGUACAGACCAUGCCCAAUGGAUUUGAAUAUACAACUAACAAAACGGUUUAGAUUGUGAAGUUAUUUGGUAUUUUAUGUAAAUUCAUACCAUACUGUCAUGGAUAUUAUGAACCCCUUUUUUAUUGUAAUAUCUGUAUAAGGUGAACCUUGGCUAUAUUAAAUACCAGAGCCAUACUCAUUAUGUAGCACUGAUAAAAAUCAGUGUGAUGCAGGAAAAGUCUACAGCAGUGUUUUUUCUCUUGGGCCUUCCAUCCAUCAACCAACCAUAACUUGAUAAGGUGUAUAUUUUCGUUAACAUCUUAAAUCAGGGGAGGGGACACAAUUGCAUCUUAUAAUUGUGGCUGUGCUACCAUGUAAAAUAAAAUGAUUGCACUAUGUUAACUUUAAAACACUGUGCCCAAAAUGGGCAUAUUUCGCUGCUGCAGUUUGCCACUGAAACAGAUUUGCUUUCUUGUAGUGGGGCAUUGGGAAAGCCAGCCCUUUUAGUAAACUGAUUUGUUCAGGAAAGAUUUAGUGCAAUGUCUCUUUAUAAAUUAUACUAUUCUGCUUGCAUGUUUUGAAGUUCUGUGGAUUAAAAACAAUGUCAAAAUACCAAAGUUGGUAAAGAUAAGAGGCAUGCACUAUCUUUUGGAUAUUCCCAUUUGUGACUCCCAGAUGACAAGAUGUAUUAAUAAAGUUGCUUUAUUGGGA